GCCACACACUUUAUUAUUGUUUACAAAGGCUACCGUCCGAGCGCAUUGGGCUGUGUGUGGUGCAGUGCGUGUUUCUGGUUUCAAUUCUUCGUCCCGUCUCGUUGCACAUUCCACCUCAUCAAGUCGCAGGGGAAAAUGGUACUUACAAACUGCAUCCGCUUCACGGCCACGGCAGCGGGCAAGUUCGGCCAGCGGGAGCUACUGUGCAACAUCCGCAGCCUAGCAACCGCUACCGUCGCAUCAACACCGAGCACCAACAGCACCUCCUCACCGUCCGGCUGGGAGCAGCAACGGCGCCAGCAUGCUUCGUACGGCAAAAUGUCCGGCUGGCAGAUACACGCGUACGGGGUGCCGCAGGAAGAGAUACAGUUCAGCGACGGGAUUAAGAUGCCGAUCCUAAAGUCACCCACCCAGCUGCUGGUGCGGGUGAAGGCGGCCUCGGUCAACCCGAUCGAUGUGGCCAUGAUCAACGGAUACGGUGCAUCGGUGCUGAAUGCGAUGCGCUGCAAGGAUGGCGGCAUCGAGUUUCCGCUCGUGCUCGGGCGCGACUUUUGCGGCGAGAUCGUCCAGAAGGGGCUGGGCAUUUCGAGCCGCGAGCUCGAGGUAGGCGACGAGGUGUGGGGCGUCGUGCCAGUGCACUUGCAAGGUUGCCAUGCCGAUUACGUCGUAGUGGAGAAGUACUGUCUGUUCAAGAAACCUUCCAACCUGAGCAAAAUAGACGCGAGCGCCAUCCUGUACGCUGGUCUGACGGCCUGGUCGGGGCUUUACAUUACCGGCCAUCUAGGGGAUUUGCUCGGUGCCAUCUCGCCGGUCGGCGGUGGCGCAGGGAAGAAGGUGCUCGUGCUCGGGGCGGCCGGCGGCGUCGGUACGCUCGCCGUCCAGAUGCUGCUGGCCGAGGGGGUGGAAGUGUUCGCUACCUGCUCCCCGGACGCGAUGCAGAUGGUCAACAAUCUCGGCGUAAAGUACGUGCUAGACUACACGGAUCCGGCGCACGUGCAGAACGUGGCCAGCGUUGGAAGGUUCGACAUCGUGCUGGAUUGUGCGGGGAAGGGCACGGAAUACGCCAACGAGGUACCGUGGCUGUACGAUCAGUACAUUACGUUCAACUCGCCCGUACUUAAAAACAUUGACGCCGAUGGCUUCGCGGCCGGGAUGUACCAAAAUGCUCUCAAUCUGGUGCGCAACAAUGCGGCCGCCCUCAGCACCCGGCAGGGACUGGUGAAGUGGGGCUACUUUGUGCCGGCCCCGCAAGGCAUCGCCUACCUGCAGCGCCUGGCCGAGAAGGGCAAGCUGCUGCCGGUGGUGGAGAAAGUGUUUCCGUACGGCAGUACGCCCGAGGCGUACGAGCGCGUCGCGCAGAAGCAUUUACGCGGGAAGGUUGUGAUCGAUUUCGAAUAAGGCGGACAAGGAGCAGGUCUCGAAAUGAAGGUGGAUUUAGGUAAGAUAGUGAAACGGUUAAAAGAGACGAAAGAAACAAACUAGCCAGAACAGGAAACAUAGAUAACGAAUUAUGUAUUGUAGCGAAUCGGACACAUCACGUGCUGCUGCUACGUGUGAUUAUAUAGUAGAAAUUAAAGUCAGCACUCAUUCAUCUUUC